AUGGACAGCGAUCGAAACAAAGCGUUGCGACUGAUGGGUUUGCAGGACUUGCCAAUAGCGGGUGUUGUAGUUGAUCAGUUCCAGCCACCGAACAGGCCUCCUUAUCCGCUUCCGCAGUAUCCUGUACCACUUUCACCUCUAGUCCAUACGUCGGAUCCAUCUGUGGCACUGCCUCCGGAUGCUGCUGGUUCUGCUGAGAAUUCUACAAAAGCUUCACAAGAUGUGGAAGAAGGUAGUGGUGAAGAAGGAGAUGAAGACAAUGAGGGUAAUUCAGUAAACAAAGCCAGGCGGUUGCUGCCACAGCGAAAACGUGUGAAACGUUAUGCCUAUGCUGGUCUGGAACUGAGCCGAGAGCUCGAGAGCUGGUACUCACCGAGCGAAAUGGGAGAAUUAUGUCGUACGAAGAAGCAUGCAGUGAAUGUUGCAGUGGGCUCGUGUCGUCAAAAUUAUAUCUUUUGCGAUGGGAAACAAAAUGUGGGUCGCUUCAUGUCGUGCAUGGAUGGUGAACUUUUUGAUGAUCGUCUGGAAAGCUGCGUGCAUGCAUCACAUUGUAAACGACGCACACGUAUUCGCCGAAGCCUCAUAAACGAAACAGCAGCAGUGUUGUUCGAUUGCUCGCAUCGCGCAGAUGGGGCUUAUGCACUUGGAUGUUCCAGCAAAUUCGCACACUGUUCGCAAGGGCAGAAGCAUACAUUUGUCUGUCAGGAUGGGCUCAUUUUUGAUGGCGAUGCACAACAAUGCAAGGCGGCUGAUUUCGUGCCGAACUGUAGGGCAGUUGAUAAUUCUGCGUCACAACGCCGAACUUUUAUUGUGAGUGUCGUCCAUGAGGUACCUACGGUGAUGCCGGAUUUGUUGUGCUCGAUUGAUGGCUUCGUUACUCUUGGCUGUUCACCGUCAUUCAUUGAAUGUGAUAGCGGUAUUGCGUACAUGCGGUAUUGCGGUAGCGGGCUUGUUUUUGACCAGGUGCUUAGUUGUUUCUGCAUCAGUGGGGCAGCAAAUUUCAAACUUAUCGACUCAUCAUUUGUUGCAGGUGAUUUGCGUCAACGAAAAUCUGAAUCAGCAGUGACAUCGGAUGUUUCUUAUUUCGAUUGCACCAGUGCUCGAGAUGGAGUUCAUGCUUUUCAGUGCUCAUCCGUUUUUAUCGUUUGUUCUGGUGGCAAGCUAACUGGAUUUGUGUGUCAGGAAGGGUUAGUUUUCAAUCUUGAAACAGGAUUUUGCGAUCAGCAAGAAUACACUGCAUCGUGUGGCGGUGCUCAUCUCAUUAAAUCUCCCUCCAGCUUGUCACUGGAUCAAAACAAACCUUCACCUGAAGCAAACUUCAUUACCACACAACCUUCCUAUCAUUCAACGGCUCACGUCGGAAAGCGAUGUCAAAAACGUUUCAAUGGAGUCAUAUCCAAAGGGUGUGCAGCGGAAUUCAUUCUUUGUGCGCACGGUGUAGAUCAUAUAUUUACUUGUCAGCAUGGUCUAGUAUAUAAUAUCGAACUGAAUCGUUGCGAUUAUUCCGAAAAUGUAGCUGCCUGUACUGGUCGAGCGUCGUACUCGCAAAGAACUUAUGGAGGGUCACACUACGAAAAUGGCUCAAUCGCGAGUAUCCGUAUCGUGGAUUUAAGAGCGGUCUCACCGUCCGACAGUGUGAUGAAGGCACGUUGUAGUGCCGUACUAGCUGGAUCUGCCGCGUAUGGACCCUGUCGCAUGGACUAUAUCACCUGUACAAAGGAAGGCACAGCUCAUCAGGUUAGCUGCUGCACAGUUGCUGAAUUAAUGCCUUUUUGCACAAUCUCUCAUUCUUUUUGGCAGAAAUGUAUGUUCCUCCCACUGAAAUUGUACUGUAUUUUGGCGAGAUUUUGCAUUUUUAUGCGUUUUUAUGCGUUUUUUACAGCCAUGCAAUGA